AUGAGUUUUUGGCUGGAGAGAUCACCGAGAUCUUGCACAUUUGUUUGUCCAACAGAGAUCAUUGCUUUCAGUGACCGGGUCGAGGAGUUUCGUGCCAUUAACUGUGAGGUUGUUGCUUGCUCUGUUGAUUCAGAGUUUUCGCAUUUAGCUUGGACCAAUGUUGCACGUAAGAAAGGAGGACUUGGUCAAAUGAAUAUUCCCCUUCUGUCUGAUAUAACAAAGCAGAUUUCCAAGGAUUAUGGUGUUCUACUGGAGGAUCAAGGUGUCGCACUCAGAGGGUUAUUUGUUAUCGAUGACAAAGGAAUCCUCCGACAGAUCACAAUGAACGACUUACCCGUUGGAAGGUCUGUUGACGAGGUUCUACGCUUGGUGCAAGCUUUCCAAUUCACAGACAAACAUGGAGAGGGUGAGGAAGAAAUUUUCUUUCCUUUGGAACUAGAACAACUGCCCUUAUGA